AUGCUGUGUUUUCAGGAUUGCCAGUUUACUAAAAUUAAAGACAAUACAACUCUUCAUGUUGUAUUCCAAGGAAAUAUCCAUCUGGAAAAUUGCGGUAGCUGCUGCAAGCGAUGGUUCAUCACUUUCAACGGCGCCGAGUGUAGCGGACCUCUGCCUAUUGACGCAGCUCUGUGGAUCAGAAAUAGAAACACAGAGGACUAUAGACCUGGAGCAAUAGAGGGCUACUGUGAAAACAUCAGAAAAGGGAAUAUCCCCGUUGGCAUCAACAUUGGAAACUGUCCCGGUUAUGGAAACUCUGAUGGUAACACGGGAUGGAUGUCAGUGUCUCGUUUGAUUAUCGAAGAAGUUCCUCGCUCCCAGCAGGAACGAAUCCAUCGCAUCUCAACAACAUUCCUACAAUAGCUAAGUGCUUGUAGAGUCAUGUUGGGCGUUGAAAAUAGAUUUUUAAAAAAAUUUAGGCAUAAAUUUAAUCGACACGCAACUGAGAGCCUUUGCUUAACUCUUUCAUUAAAAUAUUGAUAAUCAAACUACAUGCUCACUUUUUUUUUAUUUUUACUUUUUUCUCUUUACUAAGUGCAGCAAGUCUUUGCAGCACACGAUGUCUGUUUUGCAGCACGGUACCCCUUCUUCUUGCUCACCUUGUAAGUUCGAUCCUGGGCUAAACCGAGAUCUAUUUGAUGGUCUCCAAUAGGUCUUUUCCGUUUUCUAAAUAAACCUCCAGUUCCAGACUGCUAAAAGCCGGGAUGAGUCUUGCCAGAGCGUCCGCCUUUCUGAUUAUUUUCCACAGAGAAUUCGACACCUCGUUCGUAUUGUAGCUUUAACUGGGCCAGGUGGAGGCAUUUACUCUUCAUCAAGUGGUACCUUAAGUACUGCGGGGUGUUGUAAAAAGAUAUCUCAGCAUGUACGGUCUCAGCCUGACCCUGACAAGUUUUUUGCGAUCCCAAAUUAUUUUUCAUGGAUCUUUCCUUGUAAGGAAAAAUAUUUUGCUUUGAAGAGUCAUUAUAUUCUUGUCAUUCUCGAGUGUUAAAAAGGUAAAGUCAUUGAUGUUUCUUGACUUUAGCUUUCACGCUCACCAGACACGGUUAAACGAAGGUUUCAUUUUGAGCAGUUACCGGUUGGUCUGCAAGUAUCCGAAACCAACAACAAAAUGAUUGGAACAAUCGGCGGUGUGACUUUAAUAAAGUUGGUUCUGCUAUUUUGUCUCUUCGUUUACAUCCGAAGCGCCAGCACAGUCGCCCAGGCCAAGGUAGGAUGGAGUAAAAUACGAUAAAUUAUUACAUUUGAAAGGUGAUCAAGACUUGGAAGAUUUCCACAAGGUUUAGUAAUUAACGACUCACCGAGCUUAAACUGAGUCUUCCAAAACAAGAAAGAUUUAUUUGUUUAUUCCGCGCUUGGAUUUUACAUACCACAGUGGUCUUAGUGCUUUCAUCGAAGCCGUUCCGCUUCUUCUCGUUCUUAUUUGUUUAUUUAUUUAUUUAUAGAUAUUAUUAAUUUGUAGGCUGUUUUGCUUGUGUUUGAUCUAACCAAAUAUAUAUUUUUUGCACAGAACCCCAGUAUGUGCGCGCAAGGAUCACCUGGUAUUCCGGGACGAAAUGGGCAUAAUGGAUUACCCGGCCGGGAUGGUCGAGACGGUGCUAAGGGUGAAAAACGCGUGGCAGUUCCACCUUGACCACGUGGUAUAAAAGGACAAGCGGGAAAGGUCGCUGCUGAAGAAAGGAACUGGAAGCAGUGCGCGUGGAAAAAGGCUGACGGCCGUGAUGUUGGUCUUAUUCAGGUGAGCGGGAGACAAUUCUUUAUUCAGAGUCGGUUGUACUGGACCUAAUUAUAGCAAUUCAAAAACGUUUCUCAAAUGUCCUAGUUCAUAGUUCCCUGUUGUUCAGAUAUUCUUGUCUUUAAUUCGUCUUAAUAGGGUCUUUGAAAUAACACUUCACUUCUCUUUACUCAGUUACGUAGUUACUUAGUUGUUUUAAACUUAAUUCGUAAUGGACAUCGUAGGAAAUUCAAAAUUUACCCUACUUGAAUCUUUCAUAACUCCAAACGCAGUCGUCCUACACCAUAUAUUAAGUUUCGCUCGUUCAUUAAAUCACUAGUUCUGCGUAUCAGAGACUUACACUAAAGUUGUCUUAAACAAAUUCGGUUUCUAAACAAUGACUUUGGCUUUACGUAGUACACAGCUUGCCGUCCGGUCAGAUGUCUCAGGUACCCUGAACAAAAUGGUCAUGUGAGAAAAAAAUUAUGCUGCUAACCCCGACUAUACUACCCCCACCCUCCCUUCCCCCUCCCCGUUAGAUCGCGAUCGUCAUUCGAGUGAAACUGUCGGUUGAAUUAUUCAACGAUAAAGUGACGUCUCUUGGCUGCCCGAGAGUCACGCUAAGGAAGGGGUGUUUUUACCUAGACCAUAUAAAUGGGGCCUAAUUAGGAGACUUAAAAUGAUGAGAUGAAUGAGGUUGGGAAAGAAUUGGCUACAGCUUGCAAUCCUGAUAUAAAUGAAGGACUCAAAAGCCUCUUUUUUCUCCUUUAGUGACAUUUUUUAGCCAGUUACAUGUGUGUCUGUAAAAAUAUAUAUACAACGCGCCCCGCGUGAUAUCGGUGAUUGCUCUACAUUGUACUGACUCACUAUCUUUCAUCUCACUGUCUAGAGCCUACAGUUAAUUUUUGAAAUCAGAGUAACCUUCAGUUGCAACAUACAGAUUAGUAAUUUGUCUUUAUCUGGUAUCAGAUAACUGACCAAUCUCGUUUAUAGAGGCAGUCAUCCUUUUGUUCCUCGACGGGGAUUCGGGUAUGACAAAAGGGACCCCUGGGGAUCGGACGAGGUUGAUAACUGACUAAAACAGUCAUUCGUCCACUUGUUCGUAUUAGAGCUUUACUGGGCCAGGUGGAGGCAUUUGCACUUCACUGAGGGGCAUAGUGAAAAGGUACCUCAAUGCCUAUGGCUUCAGCCUGCCUAUGAAAUGUUUUUGCGGUCUCAAAUUAUUCUUAUGAACAUUUCCCUAUAAGGAAAAAUAUUUUGCUUUGUAGAAUCAUUCCAUUCUUGUCAUUCUCAAGGGGAUUAAAAAGGUAAAGUCAUCGAUGUUUCGAGAGUUGUUUGCCAUUCACGUUGACCAGACACGAUUAAACGGUUGUUUCAUUUGAGCUCUUUCGUUGGUCUUCAUUUGCCUGAAACCAAGACGAAAAUGUUUAGAACAACCGACGGUGCGGCUGUAAUGAAGUUGGUAUUGCUGUUUUGUCUCUUCUCUUACAUCCGAAACGUCAGCACAGUCGCCCCAGCCAAGGUAGGGUUAGAAUACGAUAAAUUAUUACAUUUGAAGUAUGAUUACGACAAUCUUUGUUUCUUCUUGGGGAAAGACUUUCGAUUACCAGCUAUAAGAUGGUUUUAAUUUAUGUCAUCUCAGUGUUCCUUCUUACUUCUCACAAUAUUCUCCACGACGCAUCGCGGGCAACUGAAACUUCCUGACAUAUUUGUUAUGAAAUGCUUGAUACGAUAAGAGGGCAACCAGUUACACAUUCUUGGAAGAUUUCCACUUGAUUUAUUAAUUAACAGGGAAGAUUUAUUUGUUUACUUAGGGCGUGGAUUUUGCGUAUGUGGUCUGAGUGGUGUCAUCGUUGACCUUUAGUAUCUUCUUCUUAUUUUUUCGCUUUAUUCAUUUCUUCUUUAUUUUUAUUUUUAUCUAACUUAAGAAAAAGUGAGACUUUUUCCAUUUCGGAUUGUUACUCUUUUUCCGCGUCCUCUGAAACAAGGUCAACCACUGACUUAAACUUAUAAUUUGUAAUUUGUUUUCUUGGUUAUGGAUGGAUGCGACUUGUUUCCCCUCACGUUUUGAUCUAAAAACAACUUUUGCGACACUUUUGUUUCACUGCUGGCUGGGUAUUCUAUAUACAUUCCUAACGGCCAUCCUGGAAAAGAAAACCACAUAAGACGCAAGGAACAUCCAAACUAGAGGGAGUUGCGUGAUUUUUAUUCAAUACAUGCACGUUAAUCAGUUAUUUUAGAUUAGAUAACCAUAUAUACUUUUUUAACACACCCUCAUAUGUCGAGUGCCGCGCAAUAUCUAGGCUAUGUUUUGCUUUCGUUUGGUCUUACAAAUUAUUUAUUUCACAGAAUCCCAGUUUGUGCGCGCAAGGAGCAACUGGACUUCCCGGACGAAAUGGUGUGAAUGGACAUAAUGGGUUACCAGGCCGUGACGGUCGAGAUGGUGCAAAGGGUGAGAAAGGCUUGUCAGGCCCAUCUGGACCACGUGGUUUCAAAGGAGAAGCGGGACGAGUUAGAACGGUCGCUGCUGAACAAAGAAACUGGAAGCAGUGCGCGUGGAAAAACAGUGACGGCAAAGCUAUUGGCCUUAUUAAGGUUAGUGCAUGGAGAGCAAUUUAUACAAAUUUCAUUGGUAGAGUCGGUGUUACUGGGCGUAAUUAUUAAUAGCUAUAGAAGCGCUUCUCAAAUUUUCCAGUCCUUAGUUUCCUUUCAUCGGUUAUUCUUGUCUUUAACUCGAUCAAAUAGUCUUUUUAAAUAAAACUUUCUUUAGUUAGUUCACAUGUUGUGUUUGACUGUUUUUCAACUAACCUUAACGCGAAAGUAGUGGGAAAUUCAAAGUUUACCCUUCGUAACUUCGAACUCUACAUCUAUUAUUAUUGGAAUUUCGGUUGUUCAUUCAAUCACUAGUUGUGGGCAUCAGAUACGUAAAAUGAACUUAUCUGAUAGAAAAUCCCUUUUUCAAGCCAUGAACUUUUCUGUACGAAGCGCACAGCUGACUGUGAGUUGUCCUAGGUAGUCUAUGUAGCGUGAGAAAAAAGUUGAUCCUUUUGCCCAGACUUGCUGGGAGUACGAAAAACGGCGAACAGGCAAAACUGGGGCCAAAGAAAAAAGAGAGAAAGCCCGCCUGAUCGCAGGUUACAUCUCAGGUUGACUCAACUUGCCUUCUCAACCGGCCGCCUCCCUCACUCUCCCCCACCCUCUCCCCCACUAAGCAAGAUCGCGACCGUCAUAUAAACUGCAGUCGGCUGAAUUUUUCAAGGAGGAAGUGAAUCAAUCCGAGAGUCAAUCUGGGUAGGGGUGUCUUAGGUAUCACGGAUAGACCAUAUAAAUGUGGCCUUAGACAACCGCAGUGCUCAUCGUAGGGCAGACGACUCAAGGAAUUCUACUGCCUCUCACUUUUAGUGUAAUUUUUUUGGCCGGUUAUAAGUGUGACAAAAUAAAUAUACACAUCUUUCUUUGCCUUAUAUCGGUGGCUCUAAGACCGUAAUUACCGCUCUGAACAUAGUCAUAAAAUUUCAACAGAAUGUUCAUUACGACUUGAAUAAUAACGUGGUUCACGGUGCUUUGUCUGGCCUUGAUCGCUAACAAUAUAAUGCUACGUUUUCAGGAUUGCCAGUUUACUAAAAUUAAAGACAAUACAACUCUUCGUGUUGUAUUCCAAGGAAAUAUCCACCUGGGAGGUUGCGGGAGCUGCUGCAAGCGAUGGUUCAUCACUUUCAACGGCGCCGAGUGUAGCGGACCUCUGCCUAUUGACGCGGCCCUGUGGAUCAGAAAUAGAAACACAGAUGACUUCAGACAUGGAGCAAUAGAGGGCUACUGUGACAACAUUAGAAAAGGAAAUAUCCGCGUUGGCAUCAACAUUGGAAACUGUCCCGGUUAUGGAAACUCCAAUGGUAACACGGGAUGGAUGUCAGUAUCUCGUUUGAUUAUCGAAGAAGUUCCUCGGUCCCAGUAGUAACGAAUCCAUCGCAUCUCAACAACAUUCUCCAAUAGCUGAGUGCUUGUAGAGUCAUAUGUUAGGCGUCAAAAGUGGACAAAAAAAAAAAGUAUUUUAGGCAUAAAUUUAAUCAGCAUGCGACUGAAAGCCUCUGUUUAACACUUUCAUUAAAAUAUUCAUCAUCAAAUUGCAUGCUGAUUUCUUUUUUCUUUUUACUAAGUGCAGCAAGUCUUUUCAGCAUACGAUGCCUGUUUUGCAGCACGCUGCCCCUUCAGAGUAGUUGCGCGCUGCGCUACGAAAGUUCGAUCCUGAGCUUGCCCGAGAUCUAUUAAAGUCCCCAAUAGGUCCUUUUAAUUAUUUUGUAAAUAAACGUCCAAAUUCAGACUGCAAAAAGCGGGAUUCAGUCUUGCCAAAGCGUCCGCCUUUCUGAUUGGUUUCAAAGAAAAAAAAAUUGCACUUUAUUUGAGUGUCAAUGUAUUUAGCACGAAAGUACUAAUUGUGGACACUAUUUUUACGUCUCCUAAUGGAGACGGGACUGCCAUUUUACGUGGUCAUCCGAGCCACGCGAAGGUCUAGCCGUUUAAAGGACAAAGGAAGUACCUUCAUUUCUCAGUUAUUUUAAGACCCUGAGUAUUGGUCUGGCCCCGGGAAUCGAACCCGCGACCUCCCGCUCUGCAGUCAAGCGCUUUACCGACUGAGCUAAACCUGCCGCGGACACCCCGUGCGUAUUGUAGCUUUAACUGGGCUAGGUGGAGCGGGCAUUUACUCUUCAUCAAGUGGUGCCUUAAGUACUGUGGGGCUUUGUAAAAAGAUAUCUCAACGUGUACGGUGUCAAUCUGACACUGACAAGUUUUUUGCGGUCCCAGAAUAUUUCCAUGGAUAUAUCCUUAUAAGGAAACAAAUUUUGAUCAGAAGAGUCAUUCCAUUCUUGUCAUUCUCAAGGGUUAAAAAGGUAGAGUCAUUGGUGUUUCUAGAGUUUGGCUUUCACGCUCACCAGAAACGGUUAAACGGUGGUUUCAUUUUGAGCGCGUACGAUGGUCUGGAAGUGUCCGAAACCAAGAACAAAAUGAUUGGAAGAAUCGGCGGUGUGGCUUUAAUGAAGUUGGUGCAGCUGUUUUGUCUCUUCGUUUACAUACGAAGCGCCAGCACAGUCGCCCCAGCCAAGGUAGGGAGUAAAAUACGAUAAAUUAUUGCAUUUGAAAUGUGAUUACUUUCAAGGCUUGGACGAUUUCCUCAAGGUUUAUUACACCUAGCUUAAACUUAGUCUUCCCAAACGAGGAAGAUUUAUUUGUUUCCUCCGCGCGUGGAUUUUACAUACCACAGUGGUCUUAGUGGAGUCACCACAGCCGUUCCGCAGUUUCUCGUUCUUACAGUCGAACCUGUCUAAUACAGACACCGAAGGGACAGAGCGAAGUGUCCGUAUUAGAGAAGUGUCCGUAUAAAAGAGGUCACUAUGAUGACGUCUCUUUUAUUACUCCACUUACAGUUUUAAGUGUUUAGUAGCUAAAACCAGGCUUACACUCGUCUUUAAACUGCAUUUAAGUUAUUAAUUCACAGUACAAAGACACUUUCUUUCAGUAGCAUACAACAUUAAUAUCAGCUACAUACGUGCAGCCGGAAGCAAAUCACUAUUUUAAGACGAAACGAGCUACAGCGCAAUGUUGCAUGUAAAAAGUUGCACAAUUCUGAAAGCGUCUCUCGCGCGCUAUUUUGCAAGUGCAGUAAACAGUAACUACAGUACAAAAUGUAAUAGAAAAGAUCUUUAUGCUAUCUGUAGUUGUACACCUUUUGAAAAUUAAUUGACGUUUGGUAUACAGCGACUGGGCUUUUGAAGUCACCUUGCAUAACUCAUUAGCCAGACGGGAUUCACCUCAGUCGGGAUUCGGGAUUCACCUGAUCACCGCACCGUCCGUAACAAAGAGGUUAAGUUCAUACGAAUUUACUCUCUGGGGCCGAGAUUAAGUGUCCGUUGUCCGUAUUAGAGAGUGUCCAUAUUAUAGAGUUUUUUUUUAAGAAAGUAAAUGAGAAUUUUGUCGGGACAUUGGAAACUGUCCCUAAUAAAGAGGUGUCUGUACCGAGAGGUUCAACUGUAUUUGUUUAUUUAUUAUUUAUAGAUAUUAUUAAUUUGUAGGCCCUUAUAUUUUUUGCACUGAACUGACCUCAGUAUGUGCUCGCAAGGCAGCUGGUAUUCUGGGACGAAAUGGGCAUAAUGGAUUACCCAGCCUGCCGGAUUGUCGAGGCGGUGCUAAGGGUGAAAAAGAAGUGACAGGUCCACCUGGACCAAGUGGUAUAAAAGGACAAGCGGGAAAGUUCGCUUCUGAAGAAAGGAAGUGGAAGCAGUGUGCGUGGAAAAGGCUAACGGCCGUGAUGUUGGCCUCAUUCGCGUGAGGUGAGCGGGAUACAAUUCUUUAUUCAGAGUCGGUUGUACUGGACCUCGAUUAUAGAAAUUCAAAAACGCUUCUCAAAUCACAGGGCGCCCACACAAUCUGUUUGUGUAGCCGAUUGUUAUUUUAUAGUAAAUGUACUGAAUUUACCGUUUGCUUCACCUAUAGCGAUAUAUCGCUAACUAUGUAUAUAAAUCAAUGAUAAAUAAACGUUGAAUUACCUUACCUGUGGUGUAUAGUCGUCCUUUUGCCUCAAAAGCGGUUUUUUGAGCGAUUUUGAAUGAAUUUGAGUUCGCCGUUGACUGUUCCAUAUAAUAGAAGGAACAGUUAGCCUCCGUCCAUCAAGCGUUUUUUUUUUAAAUUUGAAUUAUUUUAAUUUCCUCAAAGGUUGUUUCUGACGAGUUUUUUCGUAGGACUCUCAAGACUUCUCCUUUGACAAAUCCUUUUUUAACAUUUGAAGGGUGACACGGGGUGAAAUGAGUGUGCAAGAAGGUUUCCGUUUUUUUAAAAUGUGUCUUUACAUCAAGGAUAGAGUUUUCCUUGAAUAUUGUGCCUUUGUAUACAACCGUGUCUAAAAACGCAGCCUCAGUGUCAAAUGUUUCGGCCGUGAAUUCAAUAGUUGGGUGAUGUAAGUUUGCUUGUUCAAUGAAGGCUUCGAUGUCUGGUUUACUCAUGUCCCACAGGGAAAAGAUAUCGUGUAUGUAGCAUUUCCAAACUGUUCAUUGUUCUAAAGACAGUUUUGCUUAGAGUUGUUGUUUCAAUAUAUGUCAUGAAAAUAUUGGCAAAGGAAUCAAAACUGCUGUCUUUGUGCCCAUUGCAGUUCCAUGGUUUUGUAGGUAGUGCUUUCCAUUGAAGUGAAAGAAAUUUUCUUUGAGGAUUAAUCUAAGCAUUUCCGGCAUGUAACGUGUAGGAAUGAGUUGUCUUUGUAUAAAUUUUCUUAUGCUUUGUGACAGACAAUUUCAAUAUACCCUCGUUUUUCCAGUGUAUAUUUGUGUCAAGACUCAUAAAGUCCAUCGAAACAAGAAAUGUUCGGUUUUUCACAUUUGUCUUUUCAGUGAAAGGUAUGAUUUCUGUGAUUUUCAUACUGGUUGUAGCAGUGUAUCAACAAAUUUUGUCAAGCACAGGACAAUUUUUUAUUGGAUUAUAAAGAGGAAACCAAACAUCCGUGUUUUAACUAGGGGGUGGGUCAUGCAAUUUCCAACCUUGCUUUAGGGGUGGGUCAGUCAUUUUUUUGCCGAGGGGAGGGGGUGGGUCAUGUGUUUUUUAUCAACCACAUUUCCAAAUGCACCAGCCCCCCCCCCCCCAUAUACUUUUUGACCAGUCCCUAAUCAGUUAUUUUAGAUUAGAUAACCAUAUAUACUUUUUUAACACACCCUCAUAUGUCGAGUGCCGCGCAAUAUCUAGGCUAUGUCUUGCUUUCGUUUGGUCUUACAAAUUAUUUAUUUCACAGAAUCCCAGUUUGUGCGCCCAAGGAGUAACUGGACUUCCCGGACGAAAUGGUGUGAAUGGACAUAAUGGGUUACCAGGCCGUGACGGUCGAGAUGGUGUAAAGGGUGAGAAGGGUGUGGCAGGGCCACCUGGGCCUCGUGGUUUUAAAGGAGAAGCGGGUGAGAAGGGUGUGGCAGGACCACCAGGACCACGUGGUAUUAAAGGAAAAGAGGGACCAGUCGGAAGGGUCACUGCUGAACAAAGAAACUGGAAACAGUGCGCGUGGCAAAAGAGAGACUACCGUAAUAUUGGCCUUAUUAAGGUAAGUGCAUGGGAGAAAAAUUUUUAGAAACGGUGUUACUGGGCAAUUAAAAUUGAGGCGAGGGAGUCUCAUUUGAUAGAUAAGACCAUGACUCUUCAACCUAAGGGCCAUUAAGAAGCGCUUCUCAAAUGAUCCAGUCGGUUAUUCUUGUCUCUGUGUUUGACUGUUUUUCAACUAACCUUAACGCGAAAAUAAGGGGAAAUUCAAAAUUUACCCUUCAUAACUUCGAACGCAACGUAAUUCCGGUUGUUCAUUCAAUCACUAGUUGUGGGCAUCAGAUACCUAAAAGGAACUUAUCUGAUAGAAAAUCCCUCUUUUAAACCAUGAACUUUGCGAUACGGAGCACACAGCUGACCGUCAGUUGUCCUAGGUAGUCUAGGUAGCGUGAACAAAAUGUUUAGUGGGGAAAUAGUUGCUCCUUCUGGUGAGACUAGUUAACCCCACCUCGAGAACUCUGGGAUCAGGAAUUGUUUGCAGGGAGUGCGGAAGGAAGAAAGGAAGAAAGACCGCCUGAUCGCAGGUUACAUCUCAGGUUGCCUCGUCUUGCCUUCUCCACCCGCCCCCUCCCUCAAGCUCCCCGACCCUUUCUCCCACUAGGCAAGAUUGCGACUGUCAUGUAAACUGCAGUCGGCUGAAUUUUUUAACGAUGAAGUGAAUUCAGUUGGAUGGCCGAGAGUCAAUCUGAGGUAGGGGUUGCACGGGUUUCCGAGAUCAUAUAAAUGUGGCCUUAGAAGCGUCUUAGAACACCGCAGUGUUAAUAAGGUGAGGAAGGAAUCGUAGAGCAGACGACUCAACAGGAUUCUUCUGUCACUUACUUUCAGGGUAAUUUUUAUAGGCUGUUAUGUGUGCCAAAAUAAAUAUACGCAUCGCUCUUUGCGUUAUAUCGGUAUGCAGUAAUGAUAAACUACCAUGACCUGAAGUCAUUUGGCUAGCCGAGAGUUCGGUAGGGCCGUCUCGGAUACCCGACCGAUAUAAUUGUGCCAUUAGAAAAUUUAGAAAUGAUGUGGUGAAUGAGCUAAAGAAAAAAAUCGUAGGCCAGAGGAAUUAAGGCAAUCAUCAGUCAUUUACUUUAAGUGAAAUUUUAUUGGGAGGUUAUAUUUGUGCCAAAAUAAAAAUACGAAUCGCUCUUUGCGUUAUAUCGGUAGCUCUAAGACCUUAAUUAACUCUCUUAACAUAGUCACAAAAUUGCAACAGAACAGACGUUACGAUUUGAAUAAUAACAUGAAUCAUAUUUGACGGUGUUCUGUGUCGCAGUGGUCGCUAACAAUAUUUAAUGCUGUGUUUUCAGGAUUGCCAGUUUACUAAAAUUAAAGACAAUACAACUCUUCAUGUUGUAUUCCAAGGAAAUCUCUUUCUGGGAAAUUGCGGUAACUGCUGCAAGCGAUGGUUCAUCACUUUCAACGGCGCCGAGUGUAGCGGUCCUCUGCCUAUUGACGCAGCUCUGUGGAUCCCCAGUAGUAUCUCGAAUGACUCCAGACAUGGAGCAAUAGAGGGCUACUGUGACAACAUCAGAAAAGGGAAUAUCCGCGUUGGCAUCAACAUUGGAAACUGUCCCGGUUAUGGAAACUCUGAUGGUGACACAGGAUAUAUGUCUGUGUCUCGUUUGAUUAUCGAAGAAGUUCCUAGGUCCCAGCAGUAA